AUGGCCAAAAGUAGAGUAGCGCCAAUUAAAAGAUCAAUAACUUUACCUAGAUUGGAGCUAAUGGGAGCGCUUAUUGCAUCGCGGCUUGCAAAUGAGAUAAGUAGAACGUUGUUUACCGACGACACCUGCCCGUUAUAUUGUUGGACAGACUCCGCGGUUGUGUUAGCCUGGAUCCAAAGACAGUGUUCUUGGAAGCCGUUUGUGAGCAAUAGGGUAAGUGAAAUUAGUGCUCACACUAAGAAGGAACAUUGGCGGCACGUACCGGGCCACUGCAAUCCGGCAGACCUACUUACACGUGGCUGUAAUAUGAAGACAUUAAUGGACAGUCACUGGUGGGAUGGCCCUGCUUGGCUAUUAUGUGACCAAGAACUGUGGCCUCAGUCUAAUCACAUCGCAGUAGAUGAGAACGCUGUUUCCAUAGAAAUGAAGAAAGGAGAUAUAGUUUUAGUAGAGACAGACGCGAAAAGGCUAUUUUGGCCCUUGGGGUUAAUCAUGGAAGUAGUUACCGGGGCUGAUGGUGUUACUCGUUUGGCUAGAGUCAAGACUCAAAAAGGUGAAACUUUAAGACCAUGUCAGAGAUUGUAUCCGCUUGAGAUUUCAAAUGAUUCUGACCUCUUGCAACGAGCUGAAGUAACGAUAGAGGAUAAGAAGUUAUCAGUAAGUUCAGAUAGUCCCGACUUACCCUCCUCGGAUACAGGUGGCGCGAAGGUGACGAAAACAACGCGGUGCGGUCGAAAUGUGAAAUUGCCUGCUCGGUAG